CUCACAGCCGGCGGCUUCUGGGGGCCGGGCCUUUCCGAGCAGGGACGACCCCAGCCCGACUGCGAGGUGGCGGGCCCUGGCCAUGCUAGGUGCGCCGAACGUCGCGGCAAGGUGAGUCCAGGCCAGAAUGGGGGACUCCAGGGACCUUUGCCCUCACCUUGACUCCAUAGGAGAGGUGACCAAAGAGGACUUGCUGCUCAAAUCUAAGGGAACCUGUCAGUCCUGUGGUGUCGCUGGACCAAACCUGUGGGCCUGUCUCCAGGUUGCCUGCCCCUAUGUUGGCUGCGGAGAGUCCUUUGCCGACCACAGCACCAUCCACGCACAGGCAAAAAAGCAUAACUUGACAGUGAACCUGACCACAUUCCGCGUGUGGUGUUAUGCCUGUGAGAAGGAGGUAUUCCUGCAGCAGCGGCUGCCAGCACCCCCACCAAGCUGCGCAUGCAAGUUCUCAGAGCAGGACUCUCCACCACCCUCCCAUCCUCUGAAAGCUGUUCCCAUCGCCGUGGCUGACGAAGGAGAGUCUGAGUCAGAGGACGAUGACCUGAAACCCCGAGGCCUCACGGGCAUGAAGAACCUCGGGAACUCCUGCUACAUGAAUGCCGCCCUGCAGGCCCUGUCCAAUUGCCCGCCGCUGACCCAGUUCUUCCUGGAGUGUGGAGGCCUGGUGCGCACAGACAAGAAGCCAGCCCUGUGCAAGAGUUACCAGAAGCUGGUCUCUGAGGUCUGGCACAAGAAACGGCCGAGCUACGUGGUCCCCACCAGCCUGUCUCACGGGAUCAAGUUGGUCAACCCAAUGUUUCGAGGCUAUGCCCAGCAGGACACCCAGGAGUUCCUGCGCUGCCUGAUGGACCAGCUGCACGAGGAGCUCAAAGAGCCGGCGGUGGCCACGGUGACACUGACAGAGGCUCGGGACUCAGACUCGAGCGACAUGGAUGAGAAGCGGGAGGGCGACCGGAGCCCGUCAGAGGACGAGUUCCUGUCCUGUGACUCGAGCAGCGACCGGGGUGAGGGUGACGGACAGGGUCGUGGCGGGGGCGGCUCGCAGGAGGAGACGGAGCUGCUGAUCCCGGACGAGGCGGGCCGCGCCAUCUCCGAGAAGGAGCGGAUGAAGGACCGCAAGUUCUCCUGGGGCCAGCAGCGCACCAACUCGGAGCAAGUGGAUGAGGACGCUGAUGUGGACACGGCCAUGGCUGCCCUUGAUGACCAGCCCACAGACGCGCGGCCACCAUCACCACCGCCCACAAGCCCCUGCCGGACGCCAGAGCCGGACAACGAUGCCCACCUGCGCAGCUCCUCCCGCCCCUGCAGCCCCGUCCACCACGAGGGCCAUGCCAAGCUGUCCAGCAGCCCUCCUCACGCGAGCCCCGUGAGGAUGGGGCCGUCUUACGUGCUGAAGAAAGCCCAGGUCAUGAGCUCUGGCAGCCGGAGGCGGAAGGAGCAGUGCUACCGCAGUGUCAUCUCAGACAUCUUCGACGGCUCCAUCCUCAGCCUCGUGCAGUGUCUCACCUGUGACCGGGUGUCCACCACAGUGGAGACGUUCCAGGACCUGUCACUGCCCAUUCCUGGCAAGGAGGACCUGGCCAAGCUCCACUCAGCCAUCUACCAGAAUGUGCCGGCCAAGGCGGGUGCCUGUGGGGACAGCUAUGCUGCCCAGGGCUGGCUGGCCUUCAUCAUGGAGUACAUCCGACGGUUUGUGGUGUCCUGUACCCCCAGCUGGUUUUGGGGGCCUGUCGUCACUCUGGAAGACUGCCUCGCUGCCUUCUUCGCCGCUGAUGAGCUGAAGGGUGACAACAUGUACAGCUGUGAGCGGUGCAAGAAGCUACGGAACGGGGUGAAGUACUGCAGAGUCCUGCGGCUGCCCGAGAUCCUGUGCGUCCACCUGAAGCGCUUUCGGCAUGAGGUGACGUACUCAUUCAAGAUCAACAGCCACGUCUCCUUCCCCCUCGAGGGGCUCGACCUGCGCCCCUUCCUGGCCAAGGAGUGCACGUCCCAGAUCACCACCUAUGACCUCCUCUCAGUCAUCUGCCACCAUGGCACAGCAGGCAGUGGGCACUACAUCGCCUACUGCCAGAACGUGAUCAAUGGGCAGUGGUACGAGUUCGACGACCAGUAUGUCACCGAGGUCCACGAGACGGUGGUGCAGAACGCCGAGGGCUACGUGCUCUUUUACAGGAAGAGCAGCGAGGAGGCGGUGCGUGAGCGGCAGCAGGUGGUGUCCCUGGCUGCCAUGCGGGAGCCCAGCCUACUGCGGUUCUAUGUGUCCCGAGAGUGGCUCAACAAGUUCAACACCUUCGCUGAGCCGGGGCCCAUCACCAACCAGACCUUCCUCUGCUCGCAUGGAGGCAUCCCUCCCAACAAAUACCACUACAUCGACGACCUGGUCGUCAUCCUGCCCCAGAACGUCUGGGAACACCUCUACAACAGGUUUGGGGGCGGCCCUGCUGUGAACCACCUGUACGUGUGCUCCAUCUGCCAGGUGGAGAUUGAGGCGCUGGCCAAGCGCAGGAGGACAGAGAUCGACACCUUCAUCAAGCUGAACAAGGCGUUCCAGGCCGAGGAGUCUCCCAGCGUCAUCUACUGCAUCAGCAUGCAGUGGUUCCGGGAGUGGGAGGCCUUCGUCAAGGGCAAGGACAGUGAGCCCCCCGGGCCCAUUGACAACAGCAGGAUCGCGCAGGUCAAGGGCAGCGGCCACGUCCAGCUGAAGCCAGGAGCUGACUACGGGCAGAUUUCUGAGGAGACCUGGACCUACCUGAACAACCUGUAUGGAGGUGGCCCCGAGAUCGCCAUCCGGCAGACCGUGGCCCAGCUACAGGACCCGGAGAGCUUACAUGGGGAGCAAAAAAUCGAAGCUGAGACCCGGGCCAUAUAACUUGCGGGUCAGCCUGAGUUGUCCCCAAAGAUGUGCAGAGGGAGCGGUCAGAGCCGGCACGGAGCAGCUGAAAGCUCCGGGCAGUGAGGGCCUCGUGCUUGUCCUUCCUGGUGGUCCCGCUUCACCCCUGCACCUCCUGCCUGUUACCAGAAAGGCUCCUGAAGUCCUGGGCACUCGCGUCUUCCUGCAGACUAAAGACUCUGGACUCGGUGAUUGGGACGCGAGUGGCUGGAUUUGCCAGUUGGGGAUGUUUGGAGGAGCCAGGCCAGUCACCCCGUGCUGCUGAGCCUGCCCCUGAUUGGCUGCCAUUCGCCUUGCAGUUCAGCAGACCCUCCCCGUGGACUGUGUGCCAAGCCCCCACCAAGGACCCAGAUGGUGACACCGAAAUACCUCACAGCUGCUGAUGCAGCUUCCCUGGGGCUGAUGCUGCAGAAGACACUUCCCUUCUGCCCCACGGGCCUGCCCGCCCUGGGGACUGAGCGCAGGGGCAGCUCCCACACGUGGGUCCUUGGAAGCGCCGAGGCUGAGGCUUGUUCCCAGUGGCAUCCCAGCCCCCAGGGCGAGGUCCUCACCUCAUGAGGGAGAAACAGAUGGGGGUGGGGAAAGGGUCCUGGGGCCAAGCCCCCAAACUGCUGUGGCCUUCAUGUGUGGAGAAGCCGACGCUGGUGAAUUCCAGCAGGCCCAAGCCUCACUGCUGGGAUUUUGCUUUACCGGAGCCUGCUCCUUCCCCGCCAAGUCGGCGGCCGCUGGUGGAAUUUCUUCACAUGGGCCACGGUCUUCUCAGAGCUGCCACCGCAGAGCCCUUGUGGUGCUGCUGCACUUCGGCCGUGGAGUCCACUGUGCAGGUUGUGACUGCCCCAGGUCUGCGAGGUCCGGCUUGUGCUCAGAAUGUCAUAAUAAACAGAUGCGUCCCUGCA